CCGCCGACAGAUCUCCCUGUCCUCGUUCCCUUCCCACGUCCCCAAUGAGUCUCUCUCCGAUCUCCAUUUUUUAUCUCUCCCCACCUUCUGGGAGAGAAGGUUAACCGACCCCCCAUUUUUCAGGUCAAUUUAUAAGAAAACCCUAAUUUCAGUUUUGGUCCCAUUAGUCAGGAGCUGAAAAUGGAGGUCCAUCCUCGCCUUUCCUAUUGUCUAAAGCCCCUUGUUGUCCCCCUUCUCCAUCCUCCCCAUUGGGUCUUGUGGCGUGAGGACUUCAUCGAGCUUUCACUGUGCUUGGUUGAGGUACAGCUGACGUGGAUCGAGGAUGGAGCGCACCCGCCUUACAUAGAGCGCCUAGAGUUGCUGUUUAUCCAGGCUUGGCGCACCAACGUGGAGGGAGACCUUCUCGCGUUUUUAUUCGGUACAGUGCGGCCCGGUCAUCAGGAACUUAUCACGCAAGAGCUCACAAUCCCGGUAGCGCAGCUGGCGGACGAUCUCCCUCUCGACAUGAUCUCGCAAGACGACGAGCAUCCAGUUUCUCGCACAUUGACACCUUAUCUUCAGUGGUCAGCUUGCGUAGAGGGAGCCGCAGAGCGCAUCCCGCCGUCGCAGCAACAAUAUUUGGAUCCCCGGACGGUUUGCGAUCCUGCCUUCUUUAGGCAUCCUCCGGUGGAGCAGUUUGCGGCCAUUCGAGAAGAAGAGGAGGAGGAAGAGAGCACCGGGAGUGACGAAGACGAAGACGGGCUGGAAGAAGGCAGGGAUAGCGACGAAGUGCUCGAGGAAGAAGACGAAACCCCCGAAGAAGGAAGCUAUAGCGAGCAUAGCGAGGGGGAACAGAGUGAAGAAGAAGAAGAAGACAAGGAAGGAGAAGAGGAGCACGAAGAAGAAUCUGCUGGGUCGGAGUGGGAAUCCGUGCCGGAAGAAGCGUUGCGCACGGGAACAGAGGAUGAGGAUCCCGAGGUGGCCCGCAGAAGAGAAGACAUCGCGGCCCGGAAGAAGGAGUUAGAGCUCGCAAGCGCGGCGAGUCUGCAGAUCCACGACGACCCAAACUGAGAUCCGGAGCCGCCCCGACCUGAAG